GAGCGAGCGAGCGAGCGAGCGAGCGGGUGGGUGGGGGGCGAAGGAGCCGCCCACCCCCACCCCGGCGCUGCUCAGGGGUGGGGUGGGGAAAUCCGGCCGUGCCGAGGAUGGAGCCCGCCUGGCAGCGGCUGCGUCAGGAGUCGCCGUGCCCUGGCGAUUCCCGCUGAAGGCCCGUCCGGAGCCGUGCGAUGGACUCCAUGUUUGAGGAUGACAUCAGCAUCCUCACCCAGGAGGCCCUGUGCCAGGAUGAGGAGUGGCUGGACAGCCCCAACACGGACCUCUCCAGCGAGAUGUGCUCGGCCUCUCACUUCGCCCUCAUCACGGCCUACGACGACAUCAAAACCCGCCUGACCAGCCUGGAGAGGGAGAACUCCACCCUCAAGAGGAGGCUGAAGAUGUAUGAGAUCAAGUACCCGGUGAUCAGCGAGUUCGGGGAGGAGCGCCUCUUCUCGGUCUACAACUCCCAGGAGUGCUCCCUGCUGAAGAGCGAGAAGGCCAGCCUCCAGCAGCAGCUGAACCAGUUCCAGCAUGAGCUGCAGAAGAGCAAAGAGAGGGAGGAGCAGCUGGACGAGAUGAUCCAGGCGUAUGAGAAGCUAUGUGUGGAGAAGGCUGAUCUGGAGUCGGAGCUGGGGGAGAUGAGAGCUUUGGUGGAGACUCAUCUGAAUCGGAUCCGGAGCCUGGAGCAGCAGCUGAGACAGAGAGAUGGCAACUCCUUCCAGAACCUCAACUCCCAGCUACAGAACCAGGAGGUCCAAUACCUGUCGCUCCACGGAAGCCCUGGCCUGACACAUGUGCCUCCCUUCACCGGCAUUGUCCCAUCCCCCCCAGUGCUGGAUCACUCGAUGAGCUGGCAGAGCUCCCGCAGCCUGGAGCAGCCCAGCGAGCUGGAGGUGCACAGGCUGGAGGCCGAGCUGGAGGAGGCCCGGCACGAAGCCCAGAGCUCGCAGCGCCGGGAGGAGCAGAUGAAGGCAGAGUGCGAGAGGCUGCAGUCUGAGUUGAAGCAGCUCCAGGAGACCCGGGCGCAGGACCUGGCGACCAGUCAGUCGGAGCGGGAUAUGGCCUGGGUGAAGAAAGUCGGUGAUGACCAGGUGAACCUGGCGCUGGCCUACACCGAGCUGACCGAAGAGCUGUGCCAGCUGCGGACCCUCAGCUCCCUGCAGAGCCAGAUCCUCCGGACGCUGCUGCAGGAGCAGGCCAUCAACGGCGGCCAGAGGCACUCCCCGCUCUCGCAGCGCCGCUCCCCGGCGCCACCCUGCCCGCCCCCGGCUCAGCAAGGCCGGUCCCCGGUCCCCCAGUGCCAGUCUCCCGCGCUGCAGCGGCGGUCUCCUGUCCCCCCUAGCCAGUCCCCCGCCCAGCAGCGCCGCUCCCCAGCGCCCCCUGCAUGCCAGUCGCCUGCCCAGCAGCGCUGCUCCCCGGCGCCCCCCCCGAGCCAGUCCCCCGCCCAGCAGCGCCGCUCCCCGGCCCCCUCCUGCCCAUCUCCUGCCUCCCAGCACCGGGCGCCCCCCGCCAGCGAGAGGAACAUGAUGGAUCUGGGGUACUCGAAGCCCCCAAGCCACCACAUCAAAGCCAGCUUCCAGGGGCGUCGCAGCUACUCGGAGGUGAGCGACGCUGCCGUCUACCGGCAGAGCCACUCCCUGUGGCUGCAGCCCGAAGCCUCCACGCUGCCAAAGCACCGUCCCUACGGCGAGGUUUACAUUGGGGGGGCUGGCGGGCCCGGGAGCACCAGGGAUGCCUUCGAGGAGCACCUGCGCUUCGAGAAGCAGUCCUCGGACGAAGACGAGUGGAGCGUCCCCAGCUCCCCUAGUCCCGAGGUGGGAGCCAUCCGCUGCGCCUCUUUCUGUGCCGGCUUCCCCAUCCCCGACUCCACCACGCACCGGACAGCUGCCUCCUACUCCAGGGCUGAGCACGCGCAGUCCUGGCCGUCGAUCAACCUGCUGAUGGAGACGGUGGAUUCCGACAUCCGAAGCUGCCCCCUCUGCCAGCUGGCGUUCCCUAUCGGCUACCCGGACGAUGCUUUGAUAAAGCACAUUGAUUCGCACCUGGAGAACAGUAAGAUCUGAGGCUCCUCAUCCCGACUUCCUUACAGCCCUGGCCCCCUUUGGAUGCUGCAUGAAAACGUGGGGAGCAACACGGCUCCCUAAAUACCUCCAAAUCUUCAGUAGCUGCAGGAAAGACUGAACUGUAAGAGACUCACCUCUCCCUCUUCCCCUCCCUCACAUUGGUUUUAAGUGGGUUUCUCCCCCCACCCCCGGUGCCCCCAGGAUCUGCAAUACCUGGCGAUGCUUGUGCCAGACGGGGGGACGCUCCGGUCCAGGCACUGGGGGAGGGCAGACCCGUCGGUGGUGGCUUCUUACAGAGGGUGUUGCUUGCCGUUUACUCCUGCUUCCUUUACAGCUCUGGCUGUGUCAUUUGGUUUCUCUGGAUGAUCUCAGGGAGGAUUGAUGGAGGAUGGAGCCCCCCCCACACCCCCACUCUGAAAGCUGCUUCGGUGAGAGGCACAGAGUUUCCAUGCACCUGUCUGCGGGAAUCUCGGUGCAGUUUGAGUCUCUCCCCCCAGGGGUUUAAUUGUUACAGGGCGGUUGGUUCUCUUCAGCUUUGGUCACUGUUGGGUCCCCGAGAGCUUUCAAACCAACCUGCCUUGGCCUUUGGCUGCUAGUUCAAGCAUCUUUCCAGUCCACCACCCCUUGUCUCAGUGACGCUGAUGAGAAACGAAACCCACUUUCUAGAGGUGUAGCAUGGACAUCCUAUAAUAUUGCACUGAACUUCCUGUCGGCUAGGGGCCGUAUCCUGGUCUCCUCAAAGUCAACGGCUAGUUUUGUCAUUGACUCCGGCGGCGCCUAGCUACGUCCCUGGUGUAUUUCUAUUCUCUUCGACGUACCGUUGACUCCUCCUUCAUCCUGACACGUUGCUUUGAGUAGCUAGUUACCGUGUAGCAAGGAUCCUCUCUGUGUCCCGCGUCGUGGUCACGCCCUCACCUUGCCCGCAGUCUCGUGACGGCCUGUGACACUGGCGUGACGGCAUUGUGUUAAUUCUGCAGCAGUCACCUGCGUGGGUCCAUGAUCCACUGUCUCUCUCCGGCCUUACUAAGCACCUUUGCGUGGUACUGAUCUACGCCAAUCCCAUUCAGACUGGCCAGCUGCCCCCUUUUCCCCCGCGGGGACUGUCUCAAUGGACCUACAUGGAGUCAUUCGUUCAUCAGAAGUGCCCGUACGGUGAAGAUGCUUUUCCUAGCAGGACCCAGAGACCGUUUUUGUGCCGGGCAAACCCCCACUCCUUUGUCAUUCGCCAGGGUGCUGAUGAAACUAGCAGCUGUAGCAGUGCUGCUCUGGGUAGGCGUCGGCUGUUCCUCUGGGCCAGAUCCUUGGCUGGUGGCAUUCGUCCAAACUCUGGGUCGGGGAAGGGAAGGAAGAGAAUCUCGCUCGUUCUUGGCAGCGCUGUGGGCUGGGAGGUGGCGUUCGCCCUCCGGCAUUGGAGUGGAAAAUGUAAUUAAUAACGAACCGGCCCUUUCACCCCAAUGCUCUGCCUAGAGAUGAGCCGAAACCACUAACAGUUAAUCUGGAGCGACCAGAUCCCUGGCAUUUCAAGGGGUAUUCAGAUGCAGGGUUUGGGCCCCACUCUCAAAUUGUGCUGCGGAGUGGGUGUGGUGUGAAAUUGGUUUACUUAGGGUGAGGAUUCUCCGGGCCCAUGGGGAAUCCCGAGCUCCUUGUCUGAGGAAACUCUCAGAAGGGGAAGGCUUGUCCAUACUUGAAGGUUAAUGCAGAUUAAAGCACAGUGUAAAUGGAAAGUGUAUUAGUUGUUCCCGAUUAACCCCCAUGCAUGGAGCCUUUUAUUCCACAGCAAGAGUGCCCCGUUCUCGUUUCGUUUCACUCCGGCGCGUUAAGCUG